GUAAACUUUGAAGCGAACCAAUGGGGCAAGUGGGGCCAACCCCGCUGACGUCGAACCUCCUUCGCGCUGGUGGUGGCUGUUUUGUGCCACAGCUCGCCAGAUUCGCGCUUACCCGUUUCGUACGGGUGAAUGCCUUACUUCUUAUUCUGCUCCUGCUUUAUACGAUACUGGCGACGUCAUUGAACUAAGAUGACGAGGCUGGGAAAUUGGAAGCUACGGUAGCGGGAGGGGUCUUUAUAAACCCCUCUUCGACCCCUCUACAUUCUCUUCUUCUGUUUCCAUCAACAACCACAACUUCCAAACCUCAACUCAAACAAUCCAACACUCAAACCUUCAACUCAAACAACAAACCUCUUCAAAUCAAAAUGGAGUCCAUCAAGAACGCCGCCAACUACGUUGCCGAGUCCGUCCAAGGCACCGGUGCUCAAGCUUCCAAGGAGGCCAACAAGCAAGUCGCCAAGGACUCUGAUGCAACCCUCACCAGCCGUGCUUCCGCCGCCAAGGAUGCCGUUGGAGACAAGUUCGACCAAACCUCCCACGAGACCAAGGCUGAUGUCCACAAGGAGGCUGCUAAGCACUAGAUUGUGACAACCUACACAUCAACCAACACCUCGUUCGUACGAUGAUGGAUGGAUGGAUGACUGGC